CACUUCAGCACACCUGUUAAAAUUCUAAAGGUGCAUCACCAGCAAUCGCUGGGAUACACUUCUAUUUAUUUUCAAAUCAAAACUGAUCUCUCAAUUUAAUUCAGCCAGUGCUGCAAGUUAAUACUUGUUGUGUGGAUACAAAUACAUCAGGACCAUUAUGAGUGUAUUCUCCCAGCACCAAGGGGAGGCACUUCAGGCAGCAUCGCCUGAGGUGGAGUCGAUCCAGAAUGCACGAGCGGGAACAUCACGAAACGCAUGCAAAUCACAAGCUCAGACGUCUCUGAUGGCCCGCCAGAAUAUUGAAGCUCGUCUGAAAAUGGCAGAGUUAUUUCAGCUAUACAAGGCACAGCUAAUCCCAGGUCAUCACAAUGUGACCGUAACAUCAGAGCCUCUCUCGGUGGAAGAGAAGAUCUGCCUCACUGUUUACGACGACAAGACAGUUGUGCCUCUUGCUGUGAAAAAUUGUGGUGUCACGACAGUUCAUUUAAAGCUUUGGGAAUUUGAGCUCGUCGAGGACAUAUUCACUGUCACAGACUGUGAUGGAAACAAUUUCACAAUGAAGCAACUCCAUCUUGGACCAGGGGAGGAAUACAAAAUCAAGGUCCAUUUCAUCUCUGAGCAUGCAGGCUUCUUCGAACAUUUACUGGUCUUUAAAUUCAAAACACACCCCCAGUCUUCAGAUAUAAUUAUUAUGCGCCUCUUGGAAGUCAUACGUCGAACAUCUUUGAGUGAAGAGCGCCUCCCCACAGCCACAAACUCCUUGUGUGAUCUCCACACUUCAGGAUCCAGAGAUGAUGCACAAAGCUGUUUUGGAAUAAUAGUGCGGUUGAAGAACUAUGCGAUUCCCAAUUAUGUCAAAGACCUCACGCAAUCCAACAUGUACCUGGAGAAUAUGCCUCUGGACUGGACAAACUACUCCCAGAGGUUCAAAUUACUGCUGUAUAUCGAGGAGCUCCAGAUGAGGACAGAGCUUGAGAAAUUAAACCAGGAUGUGCCCAUGUUCAGUCACAAAAGCCAAAGGCACAUCACCUUUCUGCAGGUUGCAGGGAUCGCUAGGAUGUCGGCAUCGCUUCUUUUCGGGAUGCAGAUUUUGGUGACUCCUUUAGAAAAGGUUUUUCCUUGUAAAAACUACAAAAGCUGGAUCCAUCAAGUGGAUAGCAGAGCAGAGAAGGUCUACCUGCAAUUCAAUGAUGGGUUCCUGAGCUGUUUCAAGGAGGGCAUGAUGUUCCACCUCAGCUUUUCCAUCAACCGCCUGCCCCAGCGCUCCCAGCAGAGAGCAUUAGAACUGGUGUACCAAUGCAGACUGAGGGAGGUUCUGUUUCCUACUGGACAAUGGUCUUCCCACCGGCUGCUUCCAAACAGGGCGUUUGAGCUCCGGAUUGAGAACAAUCCGGAGCAACGCAAGGCCGUUGAACACAUUGUAGCCGCUUCAGCAAAGCCUUCCCCGUACCUGGUUUUUGGUCCACCCGGCACAGGCAAAACCGUGACCUUGGUAGAAGCCAUCAAGCGGAUAGUCAAGACGCAACCCUCAUGCAACAUCCUGGCUUGCGCUCCUUCUAACAGUGCAGCUGAUAAUCUGUGUGAGAGGAUUCUGCAAGAAAAGAUAGACGAUGUGUACCGCUUGUACGCCCUAAGCUGCCGUGUGAGAGAAAUCCCAGACAGCAUACAGUCUUGCUGCAACUUGAACCAAGAAACAGAGACCUUUGAGAUUCCUUUGAAG